AUGGCCCCCUCCUCCACAGCCCUGGCACUGUGCGUGGCACUGCUCCUGGCCCGGAGGACUGACGGUGAGAAGGUGGGGAGCCCCACGCACGUGCGCUUUGCUGCGGAGAUAGCGCAUCACCUGCUGCGGUGGGAGCAGGCGCACAACCCCCCCGGUGACGUCCGCUACGAAGUGCAGCACAGAGUCUAUGGCACGAAUUCCUCCUGGACAGCCAUCCCAAACUGCAUGAAGAUCUCGGGGCACUCCUGCGACCUCACGUACUACACCCUGGAUCCUGCCCUGCGCUACUACGCGCGGGUCAGGGCCGUGUCUGGAAACCACACGUCCCCGUGGCAAAGGACCAACUCUUUCUCCCCGCGAGAUGCCAGCCUGCGCCUGUCGGGCCAGAGCCUCUCGGUGACCGGCAACACUGUCCACGUGCAGCUGCAGCUGCUCUUUAGGGUGGGGAACCUCACCGUGAAAUACGACGACAUACAGAAGAACCUGAUGCAAUACCGGGUGUACGUCAGGAGGGCACAGGACAAUCAGACGUACGAAGUAGUGGAGAACGCCCUGGAGUUCAACAUCAGCAACCUCUUCUGGGACACGGAGUACUGCAUCAGCGUGAAGCCCGACAUGGCCAACCGGCGCAUCCACGCCACGCACACCAACGAGCAGUGUGUCACCAUCGUCAAGAGGGACAGGAGCGCAAAGCUCGUCCUGAGCAUCGUCAGCUCCUCCUUCAUCAUCCUGUUGCUCUUGGGCCUCCUGGGGGCUCUGCUGGUGUGCACCUACAUAAAGAAACCCAUGAGGCCGCCGUCCGUCCUGAAGACUUUCAUAAAGCAGAGCUCGCUCUGGGUGGAGCAGGAUUCCUCGUCCUCGGGCAGCCCAGACACAGACCCCGUCCAGCAGCUGUUCCUGUGCCAGAAGGAGCCCCAGCAGCACAGUGGCUCCGACGGCCCCGAGCCCCAGGGCUACAAGCGGCAGCUGCCCACUGGUGACGACAGUGGCGUGGGCUUGGGGAGCACCCGCCCUCGCCCCACAUGCUCCUCUGGCAGUGGGAACGCCAGCCCUGCGGAGGCCAGGCAGCCCCGUGGAGGGGAGCUCAGCCUCUCCCCUGCCGCCGGCCAGGACAGCCAGCAAGACGUGGAGUUCCGUGGGUACCUGCAGCAGUCCAAGGGCACAGUGGAGCCAAGGCAGGACCCAGCCAAGGGGAUGCCCUUCUCAGGCUGUGCAGGAUCCCCGCAGGGCCCGGGCAGCACUGACAUCGUGCUGGAUGUAGAGUGCUCCGAGCUGGCUGUAGCCAAAGGGUAUUUGAAGCAGUCCUCUCCCGAGCAUCCCCGCAGCCACGCACAGGAUUUUGCUCCAUGGGGGGCCCCUCGGGAGUCCACUGCCUGGGACUUUUCCAGCCAGGUGGAGCUCCAAGCCCCUUCUCUGCUAAGCUAUGGGGCUCCGGGUGCUCCCUUGGCCUCCAAAGCUGGCCCCGAGCUCCUGAAAGCUCCCUUCGACCUGCACAUCUUCAACACUGACCUCCUGGGGACGCUGCCCCUCAUCUCCAGCCUCAGCACCAAUGAGUGGCUCACGCUGCAAAUCAACCCCCUGAGCCUGCUCAAUGGGGACAACAAGGACAGCCGCCUGUGA